AUGGACGACCUCAAGAAGCUGCUGCGCGAGCGUGACCACCUCGACUCCAAAAUCGCAUUGGAAGAAAGUAUCUUGAAGCAGCUGAUCCGACUGGCCAAUGAUAGGAAGGCCCUCCAAGCGAAGAUUGCUGAGUCACUGGAGGCUGCCCACGCUGAUGAGAGACUCCGGAAGGAAGCCGGCGCCUCCGAGCUCGAGACUCAAAAGGAAGAUUUCGAGAUUGUCCAUCGCACUCAG